AUGAGUGAUUACAGUGCGACAAUAUACAAUGCUAUUACCGGGACUAAUGUUAGCGCCAACGUGCGUUCCUUUCUGGCAAUGGAAGAUUUUAAAAGGUUUGUAAGCCAGCAAUUAAGGAUUCCAUUGGAUCACACCUUCAUUCUACUGCCUUACGGAGCAAAACUAAAGAAAAGUAUCUUCCUCAACUGCUUACGAGAAUCCGUGAAGUCUGAGUUCUACGUUUUCGAUCGGAGACUCUUUUCAUUUGCUCAAGAUCCUAGUUCUACCGAUCUAACCCUCAAGUCUCAAGAGGUACAAGACUUGUUAGGUACGGUCACUCAAAAUAAUCAAGUAACACUGAUUAAGCCGGUCACUUCACCAUUACUCGAGGUCAAUAAUGUCUCUUCAAAUUUGAACUAUCGCAAGGUCGUCAGUAUGCUGACUACAAAUAUGGGCUGGCUCAGCGCCUUAGAUAUUGACGCGCACUACUUUCUUUCAAUUAUUCACAACACAAUUCGGGAAACUAAUACGAUAUUUCAGUGCUUUACAAUUUGCUCGCAGUACCUUAAGCUUUACUGCUACGACAUUGAGAAACUGUACGACUCCAACGUAGAGUUUCUUAACCAGCUAACUAAUGACAGCAGCGCACAUCAGUGGCAAAAAUUAUAUGAUGGUUUACUCACUAAAAUCAACACGGUAAAUGACGAAAAAGAGAGGCAUCUGAGCGAUUUUCUUCGAAAACAAGAACUUGAGGAUGACUACAAUAAUCUCAAAACUAUUAGUCGCAGCGUCAACUCUCGACUGCGACAACUAAAGGAUCAGAUUAACGAUAACUUUCAAAAGCGGCAGGCAAUAUCUACAAAGUCACAAGAGCUAAAAGUCCGGUUCGAGCAGUCACCGUCUAAUUAUAAGAUGGAGAACCAUAUGAUGCAAAAAUUCGAAGAAAUGAUCAUGAAACUUAGACAAAGCACCCAUGACACUUUGGCUCUUACUUCUGAAGAGUUCACAAGUGAGGUAUUGGAAGAAGUAUCCCAAAAAAUUUCCGAGGACAAAAACUCCACAAUACGCAACCUCUUUACGGUAGCCCAAUCACUGUUUGUAAAAGCAGAAGAAUCUUUGGUAAACAAGAAACAACUUCAAGAGGAAAUGAUUCUGCUCUUAAGCCAGACUGCUUACAUACAAGUGCAAAUACUUGAUGUGAAGACGGUCUUACUUAGAGAAUGCAACCAAGAAUUAGAAACCUUACAAAAUUGUGAACUGCGUUUGUCCAGAGUGGAGGAUUUACCCAUCUUAUAUGGCUUGCACUUAAUUGAGAAGCUUAGGCGAAAACAGUGGCAUACACAGGUAAUGAAUCUGGACUCUAAACUUUCUCAAGAAUUUCAAGUUAUUGGGGAUGCCGAAGAAAAACGGCGGCAAAAAUGGAAUGAAACUUUUGGUCAGUCAGCUACUCUAUUUAAUAUUCCAAACACUGAUCUGGCCGAGGUACGAAAAGCAUGCAACUCUAAGCUAAAAAAAAUCUCAGACGUUAAUUAUGGCGAAGUGACAACCGAAAAGAUCGAACGUUUUCUUUUUCAGCUUUCCCAGCAAAACGUUGCUGCGGAAAGCGUUGCAAUACUUCAGAAGAACUUGGAGUCUGCGAUAAAUGUUUCCGUCAAUCUUAAGACAACACCUCGCUUAGGAAGUUCUUUUUCCUUGAAAUCAUCCUCUUCUGAGACUGAUUUAGUCAAGGGAUACAAAAGAAGAAUCCAGAAACUAGAGUCUCUUCUGCAUGACGCUAAAUUCUCAAACAUUAACUCCUGGCCUUCAGGAAUUCUGAAUAAUGCGACAUGGACUGCUUUUGAUAAUAACGUUCCACCUUUGAACGUUAAAAUGUCAAUGCUUUUAGCUGAUGGAAAAGAAGUAGCACCCGAAUACCUGAAAGAAAGCUCUCUUGUCAACUUUGCCAAAAUUCAGAGAGAACUAGAGCAGCAUCGAGAAGAGCUGGCUAUGAGUAUUGAAGAAACAAAAAAGCUUAAAACCCAGAUCGUUGAUUUUGAGGACGAAAAAAAUGCUUAUCGGGAAACUCUUUCAGCCCUGAAUCAUGAGCUUUACAGACUGACCUCUGAGGAGGAACAGCGAGAGCGCAAGGAGUUUUCUCAGUACAGAGAGCUCAAAGGCAAAAUUGACACGAUAGGGAAACUAAAUUCCUCCUUGCUGAAUGAAGCAGAGGCAUGGAAACAUAAAUAUGAGCAAGAGACACGUUUGAAAGAAGACCUGCUUUCAGAUAUGGCAAAUCUUGAAAAUGAAUUUGUGAGGGAGAGAGCUGAUCUUUUGACGAAUAUCACUGAGCUGCGUGAGGAAGUUUCUUCACUGAAAGUAUCUGCUGAGGAGUCAGUCGGCAAUCAUAUUGCUGCACCAACUCAAGAAAUUGUCACAGACGAAGUACCUGAUAAAGCUUUUGAUGAAGCUAUGGAACUUAACAAAGAAACACUUACCAGAGUGUUCGAAAUAUUCGCCAAUGGCGUUUAUAUUUUGGAAAACAUCGGUCUGCUGCUAUCAAAAACAGAUGAGCAGCAAUUUCUAAUAACUCGAGUAAAAGGCCUGCGCAAAGGCUUUUCGCAAAGCGACCUUUUGGAAAGUGGGCUAGAAUUGAAAGGUCCUGUGAGUAUCAAAAGCACAGCAUUUCAAGACGUGAAAAAAAAAUUUGAAGCGUCGGUCAGCUCCAGUGAUGCGCAAUUACAGAGAGAUUUCUUGUCGACGAUGAAUAAGCUCUUUGGGAACAACUUUUACGAAACAUCGGUUAUCAAAAGGUUCAAGGAUAUAGAAGCCUUAGCUAAAAAGCUGACCAAAGAGAACAAAUUCAAGAGGGGGUUACUUGAAACAUAUCAAAGAGAGAAGAUCACAAUAAAGAACUUUCAAGUUGGUGAUAUGGCUUUAUUUUUGCCUACGAGAGACGUUCCUGAUUCAGUUUCUUCUUCUGUCUCUUCCCUUGCGUCCUCAUUUUCGUCGGUAGAUCUUUCAACUCCCCCUCCUCCUGGUUUCACAUCGGCUCAAAAUGAAGACCACAGACCAGGAAAAUCUAGACGAGAGAACAAUGACAUCAAAAAAAUCGUACCGUGGGCCGCUUUUACAGCAUUUGAUGAAACUACGAGAUAUUUUUUGAAGGAUAAUGAAAAGUUUACAGUUGAUAGAGAUUGGUUUGUGGGUAAAAUUACAUCAGUUGAGCGGAUAGCAGCAAAUGACUCCGCUUCUAUUCCAUUUAAACUUCCCAAGGGGGCAAGUUGGGUACAGGUCACCGCUGAUUUUGUUUCGGGAAAAAAUUUCUAA